UUAUAUCAUUUGUAUUGCCACUUAUCUCUACUCGAUCAACGUUACGUGUAACUAUUCCUCGUGCAAUUAAAAGUCCCCCCCUGUAUCUGCACCUCCCCCGCCAUCCCCGCCAAACCCACCGCCAUCUCCGCCGAAUCCGCCACCAUCAUGAUGGUGGUGGCCAAACCCGCCGUCGCCAGCAUCCGCGAGCAUUCCCCCCAUGAUCAUACCAGUUACAAACCCACUGUUGUUGCCAUACACCACUCCCGGCUGAUGGUGCACCACCACUUGGGGUUGGGGGGCGUAUACGACAGCCGGCUGCUGCAUCGGAUACCCCGGUUGCUGCAUCGGAUACCCUGGUUGCUGCAUCGGGUAGCCAGGUUGCUGCAUGGGGUAGCCGGGUUGCUGUACAGCGUAUCCAGGUUGCUGUACAGGGUAGCUACCUUGCUGCAUGGGAUAGCUGCCUUGCUGUACAGGGUAGCCAGGUUGCUGGAUUGGAUAGCUACCUUGCUGUAUAGGGUAGCCAGGUUUUUGCAUUGGGUAGGCGGGUUGCUGCACCGGCACAGCCAUGGGAUAAGGCUGAGUUUGCACGAACGUCGCUGUGGUGGUGUUGAUUUUGGGAUGGCCGGACGUUGUGCAGCAACACAAGGCUUGGCAAGUCUUCUUGCACACGACACAAGCGAUCAACAAGAUGACGAGGAACGCCACAACGCCAAUGAUUCCUCCGGCCAGGCCACCGCUCGAGUUGGACGUGGUGAUGGUGUUCGUGUCGCAGUUGCACGCGUAGUUGGUCACGACGCACUUGGCGCCAGUGGGGCAGCAGCACCCCAGCGUUUGCGAGCCCGACAGCCAGUGGCCGCAGAAGAUGCCGGGGGUGUUACGGAAGGCCAAUUCGCACCUUUGAGUUUGUUCGCAUUGCUGGCACCCCGUGAGUGGCGUCGCCGUGGUUGUAGCUGCGUCCACAAUAGCUAACCCAAGCCCAAGACUUGUCACCCACCGCGUAGCCAUAAUGGC